AUGCACCUCUCCGCACUAAGCCUACUCGUCCUCUUCCUUACGCCCGGCCUCGCACUACCUACCGCAAAAGACGUCAAAUCCUUCACCUCCGCCUCCGACCCCUCUGUUCAGGACGUGGGCCGGCAGAGGGGCAGGAUCGGCAUAGACAGCGUCGACCCCAGCGCCCUGCGCGUCGACCCCGUCCGCGUGCUCGAAAAGAUUGCGCAGUCCUCGUCGCACAUCCCGUCACUCACGAAACGGAGCGGCGUCCUGCUGGAGGAGGAAGACGGAAGGGUCGCCAGGCGCACGCAAACCCAGGUCGAACCGGCUGAUGAGGACACGCACGUCCUCAGGCCGUCACCCCAAGUCAUGCCGCCGCCGAACGCACGGCGGAGGCAGGCGAGGUCAGAGUAG